GCCAGCCCAGCCAUCUGGGUUGUUUACACGGUUUUGUUUAGGAGUUAGAAAUGGAGUCAACAUAUCUUCAGCAGUGCCUGGGGACAUGCCUAACUCAAGGUCUCGCAGAAGUGGCAAGAGUUCGCCCAAUGGAUCCAAUCGAAUAUUUAGCCUUGUGGAUUUCUAAGUACAAGGACAUUGUGACCUUGGAGCAGCAGAGACAGAAAGAUAUGAUUGAUUUGGAGCGCGAGAGACAAUUAGCACGGAUGGAGCAGGAAAUGAUGGAGCGACUCAAAGCAGAGGAACUCUUGUUUCAGCAGCAGCAGCUGGCAUUCCAACUGGAGCUGGAAAUGCAAGAAAAAGAGAAACAGAAGAAGGAAGAACUCCAGCAAGCUGAAGCGUUAAAUAAGGAGAUGAGUAUGGAAAGCAUGGCUCGGGGUGAGGAGCCUAUACCGUCGUCAGAGGACUUAAUGAUGGACUCGGGCAAAACCCUAGCUGAAAUAAGUGAUCGCUACGGGGCUCCUAACUUGAGCAGGGUGGAAGAGCUUGAUGAGCCCAUGUUCUCUGAUGUUGCAUUAAACAUUGAUCAAGAUUUGUAGGAUCAAUCAACUGUGAAGAAAUAUUGUCUACCCAUUUCAGACUUCAAAUCACAAAAGCCCUUAUAUGUAAUUUCCCCCCUCCAAACUUGAACUCUACUCCCCACCACCACCCACUAACUUUGUA